AUGUUAAAAAAAUUAAUUAUAAAUAAUGAUUUUCCUGUUCCAGGACAAUUAAGUUUUCAAGAUCCUGCUAGUCCAGUAUUUGAAGAAAUUAUAAAUUUCCAUAAUUAUGUAUUUGUUUAUAUGACUUUUAUAUUUUUUGGAGUAUUUUGAAUAUUAAUCGAAUUAUUAAGAAAUUUUAAUAAAGUAAAUAGGUUUAUUUCACAUAAAUUUAUGAUUCAUGGUACUUUAAUUGAAUUAAUAUGAACAGUUACACCAGCUUUAGUAUUAGUAGGUAUAGCUUUUCCUUCAUUUAAAUUAUUAUAUUUAAUGGAUGAAGUAAUUGAUCCAGCUAUUACUAUUAAAGUAGUAGGUCAUCAAUGAUAUUGAAGUUAUGAAUACAGUGAUUAUGUAUCUUCUGAUGAUCAAGAAAGUACUAUAGCUUUUGAUUCUUAUAUGGUACCUGAAGAUGAUUUAGAAUUAGGUGAUUUAAGAUUAUUAGAAGUUGAUAAUAGAGUAGUAUUACCAAAAAAUACUCAUGUUAGAGUAAUAGUAACAUCAGCAGAUGUAAUUCAUUCUUGAGCUGUACCUUCAUUAGGAGUAAAAAUAGAUGCUAUACCAGGAAGAUUAAAUCAAACAAGUUUUUUAGCUUAUAGAAAUGGUGUAUUUUAUGGACAAUGUAGUGAAAUAUGUGGUAUUGGACAUUCAGUAAUGCCUAUUGCUAUUGAAGUAGUUGAUUUAGAAAAUUACUGUACUUAUAUAGACAAUUUAAUUCAAGAAGCUAGAGAAGAAUAA